UCCGGUUCCGGCAGUACCGGGAUCCCAGUCGAGAUGGAGGAAGAUGCCAACCGAGUGUGGCUGUCGCUGGGAAUGGAGGGUAGUGCGGAGGCUGCGGUCUAGGAGUCCGGGGUUGGAGUUCUCAGCCGCGGCUGAACCGCCGGGGUCUGAGAAGGUAAGCGACCACGGUGCUAGGGUGCCUUGAGGGAUCGGAGGUACCUGAGGACCGACUUGUCGAGGAGACAGCGGAUGUCAGUUCUGCGGGGCUGCAUCGCUAUGGGAGGCCGCCCUGCAAUUUUGGCAACGAAAGGCAAAUUCGGCGAGGCAUCUCGUCCUGGCAGAGGAGCAUGAGAGGCUGACAACUAGAAGCAUGGCGAGGGGCAUGCCCGAGGACCCAGAAUUGGCCUUGCAAGAGCCGGACGGAAGGUCUUCGGGCACUAUGGAGGACAAGCGGAACAUCCAGAUCAUCGAGUGGGAGCACCUGGACAAGAAGAAGUUCUACGUGUUUGGUGUGGCAAUGACCAUGAUGAUCCGGGUUAGCGUGUACCCAUUCACCCUCAUCCGCACCCGGCUGCAGGUUCAGAAGGGUAGGAGCCUCUACCAUGGGACCUUCGACGCCUUCGUCAAGAUCCUUCGAGCAGACGGAGUGGCUGGCCUCUACCGGGGCUUCCUGGUCAACACCUUCACCCUCAUCUCUGGCCAGUGCUACGUCACCACCUAUGAGCUUACCCGGAAGUUUGUAGCUGACUACAGCCAGAGUAACACAGUCAAAUCCCUGGUAGCCGGUGGCUCCGCUUCCCUCGUGGCCCAAAGCAUCACGGUGCCGAUUGACGUUGUCUCCCAGCACCUGAUGAUGCAGCGCAAGGGUGAGAAAAUGGGGCGCUUCCAAGUUCGCGGGAACCUAGAGGGACAAGGGCUGAUUGCCUUUGGUCAAACUAAGGACAUCAUCAGACAGAUCCUCCGGGCUGAUGGGCUUCGAGGCUUCUACCGAGGCUAUGUGGCCUCGCUGCUAACCUAUAUCCCAAACAGUGCUGUGUGGUGGCCCUUUUAUCACUUCUAUGCAGAGCAACUGUCGUACCUGUGUCCUCAGGAGUGCCCUCACAUUGUCUUUCAAGCCGUCUCUGGGCCCCUGGCUGCAGCCACUGCCUCCAUCCUCACCAAUCCCAUGGAUGUCAUCAGAACCCGAGUGCAGAUACCAGCUGAGCACUUGGAAGUCUCUACAUUGUUUUUUCUUCCUCUGUCUGCACCUUGCAUAUCCACCCAUUGCCUACAGGAACUCUUACUGCUCUCUUCUAGCCUUCAGCUGGAAUCUGUACUCUGUUAGCCUUAAGCCAUCUUCCUUCCUCACCCUCCAGGCUUGUGGGGUGGUUAGAAUGAUUUAUUUCCUAUUAGUUUCAGAAGUCGAUGAUUUUUUUCCCACUAGGCCAUAAAUCCACACAGAAUGAAAGCCUGAAAUCAGAGAGGUGGUCUCUAAAAAUGUGAUCUCAGAGUAGAGAGGAGCAAGAGGACAGUGAAGAAAAAUGGGAAAAGAGAGACAAAAUGUUCCCUUCAAAAUCAUUACAUUUAUUUAUUGUGUGUGUAUGAGUGGGCAUGAUUGACAUGGUCUGAGCAGAAACUAGAAGAAAACUGUGAGUAGGUGAGUUUCUUUCCUUGCACUCUCUGGGCUUUGACAAACUCAGGUUGUCAGGCUUGGCAGUGGGAGCUUUUAUUUGCUGAGCCAUCUUGCUGGUCCUUUUUUCCCCCCUUAAAGACACCUUCUCAUGUAUCCCAGGCUGGAUUUGAGCUCCAUAAUGAUGGCCUUGAGCUCCUGACCCUCUUGUCCCUCUAGAGUAACGGGGUUAGAGGCAUGCACUUUUACACCUGGUUUUAAAGGUGCUGGACUUCCAAGCAAGUUUACUUUUGAGACUGGGUGUCUAGUCCAGUCUGGCCUCAAAGCUGCUGUUGUAGCCGAUGCUUAACUUCCUGAUCGAUCCUCCGGAGUGCUGGGGUCACAGGAAGGUACCUGGUGUUUCGUCUUUUGUUGUUUUUGAGACAAAGUGUCAUAGUUGAGCAAGGCUGGCCUUAAGAUUCCCUGUGUAGCUGAGGAUGACCUUGAAUUCUUGAUUUUCCUGCCUCCACCCUCCAGGUACUGUGAUAACGGUGCAUGCCACCAUGCCAGCUGAGAAACUUAAAUGGGUUUUGUUUGUGUGUGUGUGUGUGUGCCUGUGGAAGUCAGGGGUUAACUUGAAGUAGUUUUUAAAUAGGUUUCACAGGUUAUGCUGUGUAGACUCAUCCACAACACUGACAGCUCUUGGUGUUGCUCAGAAACUGCAGUCCCUGUCUACAGUCAGCUUUGAAGACAGUUAGCUAGCACUGAGGAAUGGGAUCUGAAUGUGGUACAUGGUAUGCAGAGGGCAGGUCUUGCUGUAUCAAGUCUUAGGUGUGCAGCAAGGGGGACUUUUAAUGUGUAAAGUUAAUAGGGUAACCCAGGAAGAAAGGUGGACAAUCAAGAAAGAUAUAUGGGAGAAGGGUCACUGGGGUCUGGUGAGGACAGGAAGGAAGAAAAGGAACCUUAACAGGUUGAAGUAAAGUUGGGUUUGUGCCACUGGAGAUUCUAAACGAGAGGAGCAACAGAUACAGGCAUUUUCCUCCCUAGGAAAGAGUGCUUCUUCCAACAUUUGAAAUAAAUACUCUGGCAUCUCACUGGGAUGCGGUUGGACCUGUAAUGUCUUUAUUGUGGAGAACCAGGGUAGGCCCCAUUCUUUCCUUACCCUUGCCUGGGUGUCUUAGGAGGCAGGCCUAGGGAAAUGACAGAUCUCUGCUUUGAGGAGCUUGUAGGCCAGAGGCUAUGGCUAAACUGAAAAUGCCCUUGACAUGGCUAAAGGAGCUUGUGGAAGCAGAGCAGUCAGAAGAUGUUAGAGGGAAGAAGAGCUGAAGAGGAUGUGCUGAAGAAAACAGGGUAGAGUAGGGAGCUAUGGAAGGUAGAGCCAGCAUCACCUUGUGGAGGCUGCACCAGACAGGAGGAUGUGAAUAAGAAGUCCUUUGCCUUGCAUUGGUAGAGGUGCUUUGAUGUGGGCUCUGUAUUUGUGGUUUGGGAGUAGGGGGAAGGAGGCAGGACUAUUGAGAGAAAAGGACUACUGGGUAUGUGACCAGCAAGGACAGAGGAGAGGCUUCUAGCCCUGAAGCCUUAGAGGGACUGAGAUAAUCAGAGCCCAGCCCCUGGAUGGGCAGAGCUGCUUGAGGGCCUCUUCGGGAAUUGACUGUAGCCUUCCUGAGACAGAGAAAAGCACCUAAUCCAAAACCUCCCAGCUGGCUAGCUUGCCUGAGGGUGGUGAGAGCUGAUGUGCAGUGAGCACCAUCUUGCCAGGCAGUGCUGUUGGCAGUCUGUGGCAGGGUUUCAUCUGGUAACUCCAACUGGCCUGGAACCAGCUACAUAGAGCAGGCUGGCCUUCUCAGUGUUGGGAUUAAAGAUGUGUGCCACCACGCCCAGGUCUAUUGUUGGCACUUAUUAAGUAUUAUUUUCUUCUUGCCUGUAACAACCUGUGGCAUAGGGACUCUUGUUACCAUUUUCUAUUUGAGAAAACUGGGGUAGGAGGGGUUAAGUAAACUCAGGUAGUCUGUCACCAGAGCUUGGAGGAAGUCACUGUGCUGUCUCCAGAAGCGGAGUGUAGCUCUGGCGUCCCCACUUGAGCCUGCAGCACUAUAAGGGUGAGCAGAUAGUUGUGACUGAAGAUAGUUGGUGCCCCUUCACUGUGGUGACUU